AUGAAAGCCCUCAAAUCUCUAGCUCUGUCUUUCCUAGCAACCUCCAUAUCCGCACAAUCCACACCAACACCAUCCUCAACACUCGACGUGUACGUCCCCUCCCCCUUCCCACAACUCACUUCCCGACUCCCAGCCCCUAACAAUCCCCGCCCCUCCCUCCUCUCAGCCUACUACGUCACCAUCCCCACCCUGCCACCCGCCAUCUCUACCUCCCUCGCCCACGCCCUCUACUCCGUCGAGCAAUCCUUCGAAGCGAACCCCACGUAUGCCUCCGCGCACGCGGCUCUCGUGUCGACCGCCCCCGAUACGGAGGUGAAGAGAAGUCUCGCGCGGAAUGGGUAUAAUUAUCAUGUUGUUACUACGGCGGCGUGGUUUGGGGGGGUGUCGAAAGGGGUGGAGAGGUAUGUUGAAUUCUUUUCUUUUUUGUUUUUGGCUGGUUUUGGGGUUUUGAGGGGAAUGAAGGGGGGGAAAGUGGAAGGGGAAGGGGAAUGCUAAUGUGAGGAUAGUCUUGUGGCGGAUAAAUUCGCGACGGUUUUGAAGGUUGAGGGGGAGGUUUAUACGAAUAAUAGUAUACCCGCGCCUGCGAAGGGUGGUGCGGGGACUAUAAGGGGCAGUGGGAUGGCUGUUUUGGGGGCUGUGGUUGUGGUGGGGGGUUUCUUAGUUGUUUUGUGA